AUGGUCGUGCCAAAUGGUGAUGUUAUUUCAAAUGGUAUUGCUUCUGAUGACGAAGAAAGCAUCUGUCAGUUAUUGCUGAAAAGUGUACAUGAUGAGCGAAUUGAUGUACUGCGCUCUGUCUUAUCACAGAUUUCUGUGAAGCCGGAUUUUCGUGAGCAAGUGAAUCAGAUUUGUCACAAAGAGGGGACAGUUUUACAUUAUGCAGUGUCUCGAAGUAAUCUUUUAUUCAUAAUUAGAAUCGCUCGAAUUAGGUAUUAUUACAACACACCAAAAAUAGUUCCAGUACGUGUUUUGCAAAAAUUUGCAGAUUCAGUAGAUUCAGUGCGAACUUUGUUAGCAGCGGGCGUCAAUCCCUGCGUGCAGAAUGAUGAAAAUCAUACAACAUAUCAAAUAGUUUCCACAGAAGAAGUGAAAAAUGCAUUCGUUCAGGAAUUACUACAAGCAGCUGCUCAAUCAAAUUUGGGUCGAGUAUGUCAGAUGAUAUCAGCUGGAGUAAACGUAGACGAAAUUGAUACAAAGGAUACCAGAAAUACUGCUUUACACUGGGCUGCUUCUUAUGGAAACGAAAAUGUUGUCAGAAUAUUAUGCCAGAGUGGAGCGAAUGUCAAUUUUCUGAAUGCUAAAAACGAAACAGCAUUACAUGAUGCAGUGCGUCGUGGAAAUGAUGGCACUGUAAGAUGUUUGCUGAGUUAUGGAGCAGAUCCAAGUAUUAAAAAUAAGAGUGGGGAAGAUUGUUACGAGUUAGCUGCUAAACUAGGCGGAGAUAUGUUACCAAGUCUAAGUCUGAAUAUGUUAAAUCGUACCAUUCGUCGUUCUACAUCAGUGGAUUCAGAUCUUGAACGUUCGUCAUUAAUAUCAGCUGAUACUACCACUAUAUUUGCUGACAAGAAAAUAAAUUACGGUGCGAAUCGACUGGAAAGUUGGACUGAUUUACUAUGGCCACAGCCAAAAUACAUAAAUUUAGAUGAAAGGGGACGUAAUUACCAGUAUCCAAAAGAUGGCCGAUUGAAAAUUUAUUUCGAUGGAGCCAGUGAAGCGGAACCCAGACGCAUAAUGCAAAUAAUACAAAUGUCAGCUUCUUUUCUUUCGAGCAUUCAGUUGGAAUUGGAUUAUAGAGGGCAUAAGUUUCCGGAGCUUUCAUCUUUGGAUGGUCGUAUUAUGUGUGGAAUUUUCGAAAAUGGAUGUAGUUCCGGUGCGUAUACGUUGAUCGUUAAUGAAGAUAACAUAGAAUUAUAUGGUGAGGAUUACACUGGUAUCCGCCAUGGCUUCUCCACUCUUGUGCAGAUAUUAAGAAUCUUUAAAAUAGGUUGUAAGGUACCGUUUACUGCAUAUUUUAUCACUUAUUAUGAAUCACUUCAGGAUGGUAGUUCAAACUCCGAAACGUUAGAAACGUUGUACGAGACACCAUCAGGAUCUGCCACAAACCCAAGUUAUAAUGGGGACACAAAUGGUGCAGUACCCUGCCUAACGAUCCGAGAUUUCCCUGAUUCAUGCUUUCGGGCUGUUUAUCAAGAUUUUAGUGGGUGCAAAAUAUUAAAUACGGAAACUCUUUUGCAACUAGCAGCACGAAUCGGUUAUUGCAAAGCAAGUCAUUUAUUCGUCAAUUUCGAAGUAAGGACUACGGAUCGUUAUCAGUUGCCGUACACAAAUCGUGACCUGUUUCAAAUGACUCAAGUGUGUGAUGAGCUUUUUGUGAAGCUAGUACCUUCAUUAGAUGUACAGUCUAGUUAUAUCGAAACAAAUGUCUUGCGUCGCAUAAUUGAAUCAUUUUUGGACGAUUUUCCGCUGACUGAUGUUGUACAUUUUGGUCCAAAUUUGGCGCUGAUGCUGAUGUCAAAUCGAACACUUUUAAAUCAUGUACAACGAAGAGUACCAAGAAUUUAUAUUUCUUUGGAUGUCGAUGAAAACAAUGUUUCAUUAGUUAACCAGUUACCACCGUUCGUUACACUUUGUAUAGAAGGCAAAUUUCCCUUUGAAGCCGAGAAUUUAUUGUCUCCUCAUUUGAAUGUGGUUUUACGGUUUUCAUCGAGUGAACCUGGAUUUCUUUGUGCUGCUCCCGAAUCUAUGGCUAAAAAAGCUGUACUUGCUUCGAGAUUAGGCCACAAAUUUCCAGUACUGGGUUCAAUGAUAUGUGAUCUGUCAACGGGUUGUGAAAUAAUGCCUCCUUCACUGUCGUACAUGUCUGAGUUAGCAUCUCUAGGUGUUUGUUGGAACAAAUUAACAGACAUGAAACGGUUUAGUUUCUUGUUGCCUCGAAUAACAGCAGAACACUUUCUUUUAGACGGUAAUAUGGAAGCCUUGUUCAAACAGGCUUACACUGUUGGUAAAGUUGAACAUGAAAUAACGCGAUUAAGCUGUGGAUUAUUGAGAACUACGGAAAACGAUAUGGAAAUGGAAAAGGUAUCUCCAUCAGAACCAGCGUCUAAAAAACCGCCGAUUUCGAUAUUUGUAGAAAUAAUUUUGAACCCGGAUAAUUUGAUCUUGGAACGACUAACUCCAGUAAUAUUUAAGAAAGCUCGCAUUGAAUUGAAGCGUAGCUUGAUCGCGCUUGAUCGAGCGAAGAAAUCUCUUCCAUACAAUUAUGAAUUGGCGCUUGUGCUGGCUGAAAUACAGCUUAUUACCGAACUCAUGAUUCUCGCUUGCAGGUUGGGCCAAUCACUUUGCGUACAUAGUGUAAAUCCACUGUUGUCAGCAGUUGAUGAAAAAAUUUUCUCAUCAUCUAAAACCAAAUUACUUCCUGAGUCGUCAUCUUAUCAUAUGGUACAUAUUGGUGUUUCCAAUUUGCCGUUAACUAUACGUACUGAUUUAGCCAACAGAAAUGCUCAGAAUCUGAUAUUUGCAGUCAUGUUUGCCGUACUAAAAGAGGAAUUAGAUCAAGCAAUUACUGGAGUGAAUCGUUACAAUCCUAACAAUGUUGACACAUUGGAGAGAUGUAUCGAAGCAAUGGUGCAAGAAAAUCAGUAUGACAAGGAUAUCUUAAUUACUACGCUGAAACUUUAUCAGCUGAAUCCGGACAAGUAUAAUGAGAGUAUCGUGAAAUCGAUAUUACUCAAAACGAUGAUGAUGGCUCCAAAAAGUGAUUAUGCGCUCGCAAAGUAUUUGAUUGAUUCCAGUCGAGUUGGUUCACCCGAACUCAAAAGAAUAUUCGAUAUUGGAGCUUUACUAGAGUCGUGUAACUUCGCCGUCUUUUGGCGUUUAAUGCGAGGAGAAUAUCGACCAGCUGAUGAUAUUAAUGAACCAUUUAGACAACCUUGUGAGGUUCCAAAAAUUAUUCGAUCAGUACCAGGAUUUGAAGAAAGCGUUAGAAAUUAUGCUUGUCAGGUAAUCAAUAUUACUUUUCAAAAUAUUGAAAAAUCCCUUCUUGUGCGUUUAUUAGGAGGGAUUUCUGAUAAACAAGUAAAUGAAUAUGCUCGAUUUUAUGGCUGGACACUAAAAGAAAACGGUACAGUAUAUUUUGUGCAGAAUCAUGAAGCAACAAUCAAAAGCAGAAAUAUUGAAGAGAAACUCCAGUUUGAUAUUAGCACUGUUCUUCAUUGCGGAAAAGGCAUGCUUAAUUAUUUCAGCGUGCAAGGACAUGCUUCGACUCUGUUCAUGAUCGAUGGAUUAUAUUUUUUAGUACUAACUUGCGUUGUAAUGUGUUUAUGUCCGAGUAAAUCAGAGUAAUA